GGUUAUUUCUUCUGUUCUUCAUCUGGAACCUUAACCCAAGAUGGAUCACAGUGUGAUCUUCCUUUUGAUGCUGCUUUCAGCUACAGGACUAGGAACUGUCGCACAAACAACUCCUACCACAAAGUAUCCAUGUGGCCAGACUUUCUCAGAUGACUCUCAGUCAUUUAGUGGUCCAUAUUAUGAUGGAGGUAGAGAAGUCUUAGAGUGUCUCUGGACUAUUGAAUCGAAAGAUAACCUGCCGAUAAAGACAACCAUUGAUUAUAUAGAAUUAAACUGUGAUCAUGAAUAUAUUAACAUCUACAAUGGAGAGGCACAUCGUUCAAAACUACUCGGGAAAAUAUGCAGUGAUUCCAGUCGGACAUUUGUUUCAUAUACAGGCACUAUGACAGUUUUCUUACACAGAGACUCUGACAUCACAGGUCCAGGAUUUUUUGCUUACUAUGAUAUAGGAGAACUGGAAAGCACACCAGGUCCUACGUUCCCAGCUAUUUCCUUGAGUACAAGCACUUCUGAAAUUCUUACUUCAGUAGGUAAUCCUGAAAUGGCAGCGACUACUGAAAUUGGUGCAAUUCUCACCACUCACCCUCCUGAACCAAUCACUACUCCAGCUCCGGGACAUGUAACAGCUCUCCCAACAGCUCUCCCAACAGUAACCCAAUGUGGUGGCAACAUCUCAUUUCCCUCUGCAUACAUCUCUGGGCCACUUUAUGCUGGAAACAACACCAGUGAACAGUGUGUCUGGGAAAUUACAGUGGACCCCUCACAUUACAUAGAACUCCAGAUUUCUAGUAUUAGUCUGGACUGCAGUAAAGAAUACAUUGCGAUUAUUGAUGGAAACCGCGACUCCCCUUUUGUACUUGGAAAAAUUUGCUCUGACGUCUAUCUCAACUAUACCUAUAUUUCAACUGACAACAUAAUGACCAUUUUGCUGCACAGAGAUUCAGAUGUAUCAGGAAAUGGCUUUCUUGUUUAUUAUUAUUCUGUCCAAGAAAUUUUACCAACUACGAUUCCUCCACCUUUCAGUGAAACUACUGUUUUCCCAGUUCCUGCUACAAGUCCAGGACCAAUUUCUUCAACAUCACUCUCAUGUUUUGGAGAUUACAUGGUUGCGAGCAUCCAGAGAACCUAUCUUCAGUCAAUAGGCUAUGAUGCAAAGGAUGUAUAUCUAAAGUCACCAGACUCUCUCUGUAGACCCCAGAUUACAAAGGACGAUGUUAUCUUCAGGAUACCAUUCAGUGGUUGUGGCACUGUAAAACAGGAGAGGAGUAAUGGAACCAUCACCCACUCCAACAUCAUCAUGACAUCAGCCAGUGGUGAUAUUAUUACAAGAGAGAAGAACUUUCAAUUUCACAUGGUUUGUGAAAUGAAUGAGAACGCCAUUGUAGAAACAAUGUUUAUUAGCCACAAUUCUGUUGACAUUACUGAAAUUCAUCGUGGCAGUUACCAUGUGACAUUUAAUUUCUAUGAAUCACCGUCUUUCUCCAACGAAGUUCAUAGUUCUCCAUACUAUGUUUCGAUUAAUCAAGAGUUAUACUUUCAAGCUACUCUUAGUAGUCCUGAUCCAAACCUGGUACUAUUUGUGGACACAUGUAUAGCAUCCCCUUAUGCUCAUGACUUCAGAACAUUGACCUAUGACUUAAUCAGAAGUGGAUGUGUACGAGAUUCUACCUACACAAAUCUGCCUUCACCAAACAAGAAUGCAGUUCGCUUCAAGUUCAAUGCCUUUAAGUUUCUUAAAGAACACAAUUCAGUUUAUUUGCAAUGCAAGCUGGUAGUAUGCAAGGCAAAUAAUCCCUCUUCCCGAUGCUCCCAAGGAUGUUUAAGCAGAAAAAAGAGGAACAUAGAUGAAAAUCAGGACAAAGUUACUUUUGUUGUGGGACCAUUCAAAUACAGAACUGGCUAAAAGUGUGAAUCCUGGGAAGGAUGAGGCUUUCAGUCCACUUACUGUGACUACUAUACUUUUGGCCCUCGCACUGUCUGGCUUUUUUCUAAGCAGCAAAGUGAGAAGAAAAAAUCAUUGCCAAAUGUAUCAAUGCCAAUACACUGUUUAUGUAAAUAAACUAUAAAAUUUCAUUAAACA